GCAUGCGUGUGGAGAGGCCCGGCGGUGGCGGCUGGCGGCGGCAGCUGUGAGGGGGUUCCCGGAAGAUGGUGCUGAUUAAGGAAUUCCGUGUGGUUUUGCCGUGUUCUGUUCAGGAGUAUCAGGUUGGACAGCUUUACUCUGUUGCAGAAGCGAGUAAGAAUGAAACUGGUGGUGGAGAAGGAAUCGAAGUCUUGAAGAAUGAACCUUAUGAAAAGGAUGGAGAGAAGGGACAGUACACACACAAAAUUUACCACCUGAAGAGCAAAGUUCCUGCAUUUGUGAGGAUGAUUGCUCCCGAGGGCUCCUUGGUGUUCCAUGAGAAAGCCUGGAACGCUUACCCCUACUGCAGAACAAUUGUAACGAAUGAAUAUAUGAAAGAUGACUUCUUCAUCAAAAUCGAAACAUGGCACAAACCUGACUUGGGAACACUAGAAAAUGUUCACGGGUUAGAUCCGAACACGUGGAAAACUGUUGAAAUUGUCCACAUAGACAUUGCAGAUCGAAGUCAAGUUGAACCAUCAGACUACAAAGCUGAUGAAGACCCUGCGUUAUUCCAGUCAGUCAAGACCAAGAGAGGCCCUCUGGGACCUAACUGGAAGAAGGAGCUGGCAAACACCCCAGACUGUCCGAAGAUGUGUGCCUAUAAGCUGGUGACCAUCAAGUUCAAGUGGUGGGGGCUGCAGAGCAAAGUAGAGAACUUCAUUCAGAAGCAAGAAAAACGGAUAUUUACAAACUUACAUCGCCAGCUCUUUUGUUGGAUUGACAAGUGGAUUGACCUGACAAUGGAAGACAUCAGGAGAAUGGAAGAUGAGACUCAGAAAGAACUAGAAACACUACGGAGUCAAGGUCAAGUGAGGGGAACAAGUGCGGCCAGUGACGAGUGAAGACGUGACCAGUGUCUCUCAGUGUUGACGUUCCCAGCAUGUGCCUGUGAUGACUCAGGCACACAUGUACACACGUACACACACACACACCCAGACACACACAAUUAUGGCUAUGUGUGUGUGUGUACGUGUGUGUAUAGCUGUAUGUAAAGCACAUACGGCUAUAGGCCUAGAUACACACCCGAGUGUAUAUAUGUACAUGCAAACACUGAAGGGAUCAGUACAUUCCUCCAAAGUACUGUACCUGUCCUCAGCAAAAAUACUAAAGAAAAUAUUUUCAGUACGUGUACCUGGAACAGAUUUUAAUACUCAUCAACAUGAUGCCCUUGAUGGACAAAUGGACUGCCAUGUGUGCUGUAUGGAUGCCAGGUGUGGACCAGUUUGGAUAGCCCUUGGUUAUGUUUCUGUUUUGUUCAGGUCACCACACACACACUUUUAUUUUCAUCCCAUCAGCAGCAGACUCUCCUACAGAAAAAUUUCUUCAAAUUUUUAGAUACUCCAGUAAAUCUGGAAUAUAAACUCUGGAUGUAUUUAUAACUAUUUAUUUCUGGGUGGCCGCUAUCUUCUAGCCAAAUCCAACAACAUCUCUCAAGUAAGGAGUAAAAUUAAAGUUCUUUACUGGUUUGCCCAAGGGUUGGGGAAAUUCUUUUUUUUAAAAUUGCCACUUUUUAUUGGAUUUUUGUAUUUUGAAUUUCAAAUAUUUUUCUACAUCAAAUCUAGCAAAAAACAUUGAUGACGGUUUGUGAUUUAUAAUAAACACUAGACAAUAUUCAGACUCUGGUUACUCAAACAAGGUGAAAAAGGAAUUAACCUCAACGGUAUUGCUGGUUGUGCAGAGCACUUCUCUAGAACUUUGUUUCUGAAAUGGCUUUUUUGGAAUUACAGCAUGGAGACUGUGUAGAUGGGCUGCAUUGCUCUCAGCUCACAGGUUAGAAGAGCAGUCACAUUUAGCUCUUUUCCUGUUGCAGUCCAAGCCAGGGGGAGAUGCUGAUGAUGAGCUAGGAACAGGUUGACUAUGGCACAGGGCUGUCAGCACCCUGAGGCCCAGCAUUGCUGCCGACACUGCUUCCUCUUCCUCCCUCUUUCUUCUCUCUUUUUUUUUUUAAGGAACAAUAGCUAAGCAAGAAUUUUUUUUUUUUUUUUAAUCAAAUUUCUGUCUGAUGCUGUUUUCCUCUUGUCAGUCCCGGACACCUGACCAGAAUCACACUGUUGAAUCAUUCAGGUCACACACUAUCUUUAACUUCCAUCCCCUCAUAACACACCACCCCUGCAGUCAGACCACAUCAGUACCCCCUUUGCUGACCACCUUGCCCUUCGAGCCCCUCCUCCUAUGUCCUGUACCCCUAUGGGAGCAAUGGCAGAGAUUCCUGCUGCAUUGCAAUGCCCUCCUAUCCUCAGCAACAAACCCUGUGUUCCAUGUGUCCUCUAAACUCAAGAUCAAGGCUGAUGUUUAUUUUCAGGGCACUGAAAGGGUUUAAGAGGGUGUCGUGUGGGUGGAAAAGUCAUCACCAGAAGGGUUGUUGCCAACCCUGGGCACUGGAGAGCCCAGUCUCUACCCCAGUGAAACUAACUCACUGACAUCUGUCUCAUUGGGAGCUUGGGCACACGAGAUGAGUGUGCCCUGUGCGGACUCUAAAGGUUUUUCUAACUGAAGAAUGAGGGUGUGUGUGGUGAAUGUAAAAUACUCAGUUUACUUGGCAGUCUCUUGUGUAAAUUACAGUAAAACAAAGUAAGUGAAAUUGAAACAAAAAUAAAUUUGAUCACAAAAUGCCA